CGCAAAGAAAACUUACGCAAAAUGUCCGACCGUAUGCGGCAGGUCGCUGAAUCGUUUCAGACAUCGUCUAUAAACCAGCACUCUCCGUCCUCGCACCACGAGACGACGUCGCCCUUCUCUGCUUCCCACCGACGACACCAUGAGAACACACUGGAACGCGUCCCGUCUGAUGCGGAAAGUCUGUCAACGGGGAUUGUCGACCCUAGCCGGAUGGUGAAAAGCCACCACCAUCGGGCAACUCUGCCUCCCUUGCCAGAAUUACGAUUUGAGCAGAGCUAUCUCGCGAGCAUCAGCGGAGCAGAGAGUUGGGGCCGGAUUGCCUGGAUCACCGUUCGAGACCAGGUCCUGUUGCCUCUGAUGCAAGGCACGCUUUGGACGCUUGCGCUCUGUGGCUGGAAAUACUGGCACCGCGGAGCCCAAUCCAGUGGCAGGACAGUCGGAUUCACAAUUCGGCGGUGGUGGUGGAAGUUGAACGGCUGGGAUAUGUCAAGGCUCUGAGCCGGAUCGAGCUCUACUCCUUCACGUACAGCGCCUUAUGACGGCUAUACCGCACCGUCUGAUAAAUGAGAGCAUGGGAGCACAGUGAAAAGCGGACGCGCGUCCUCCCAGCCUGACACUGGCACUGUCCGUCCACAAACUAGCCGCGCCAUGAUACGGUAUGGGUUACUCGGUAACAGGAGGUGCAAAAAUGCAAUACAUAUAGCCUGGCAAAUAUCCCCAAGGGCUGGGUUCAGCGGUGAACCUCAGUGUGGCUGAGAGAAACCAAUUGCGGGUUGUUAACUACGCAAUCAUGCUACUUGGCCUAAUCGGCCGGGAUUCGAAUCUUUUUUGGCUCAAGAAGUGCGUACAGAGUCCGGAACGGCGCUUUAUCCGCUUCCCUUCCAGUAUUCCACAUAGA